AUGGCCGCGUCCUCCACGUCUGUCUGCUCCAGCAACCUGAGCUACGGCAGCCGGGUCUGCCUGCCCGGUUCCUGUGAUUCUUGCUCUGACUCCUCCUGGCAGGUGGACGACUGCCCAGAGAGCUGCUGCGAGCCCCCCUGCUGUGAGCCCCCCUGCUGUUCCCCCAGCGGCUGCACCUCGGCCCCCUGCCUGACCCUCAUCUACACCCCAGUGGGCUGUGUGCCCAGCUCCUGCCAGUCAGUCUGCACCAGCUCCUGCACGCCCUCAUGCUGCCAGCAGUCUAGCUGUGAGCCAGCUUGCUGUACCUCCUCCCCCUGCCAGCAGGACUGCUGUGUGCCCGUGUGCUAUAAGACCAUCUGCUGCAAGCCUGUGUGCUGUGUGCCCGUCUGCUCAGAGACUUCUUCCUCAUGCUGCCAGCAGUCUAGCUGUGAGCCAGCUUGCUGCACCUCCUCCCCCUGCCAGCAGGACUGCUGUGUGCCCGUGUGCUAUAAGACCAUCUGCUGCAAGCCUGUGUGCUGUGUGCCCGUCUGCUCAGAGACUUCUUCCUCAUGCUGUCAGCAGUCUAGCUGCGAGCCCUCUUGCUGCACCUCCUCCUCCUGCCAGCAGGCCUGCUCCGUGCCCAUCUGCUAUAAGCCUGUCUGUUGCAAGCCUGUGUGCUGCGUGCCCGUCUGCUCUGCGGCCUCCUCUUCAUGCUGCCAGCAGUCUAGCUGUGAGCCCUCCUGCUGCACCUCCUCCUCCUGCCAGCAGGCCUGCUCUGUGCCUGUCUGCUGCAAGCCCGUGUGCCGUGUACCCAUUUGUUCUGGGGCUGUCCCCUGCCCAGUCCCCUCGUGCUGCCAGCCCAGCCCCCGCCCCUCCUCCUGCUGCAGACCCUCCUCCUGCGUGUCCCUCCUCUGCCGCCCCGUGUGCAGGACCACCUGCUGCGUGCCUGUCCCCUCCCGCUGUGUCUCCGCCUCGUCCUGCCGGCCCAGCUGCUGCCGCCCGGCCUCCUGCGUGUCCCUGCUCUGCCACCCCGCAUGCUCCCGCCGGGCUUGCUGUGUCCCCGCCUCGGCCCAGAAGUCCUGUUGCUGA